GCAGGCGCAUGGUCGCCGCUGGCUUGCGCGCGCAGCCGCUGCGGGACAAGCUUCUGAAAUCUCAUUGCGGUGGCGUUGGUGCUGGUUGCGGAUGCUAGGGCAGUUUCUGCAAAACUGUAAACUGAAUUCCUGGAAUCUUCACAUAUGUUGUGUAUAGUGCCUGUUGGUGAACUGUACUGAUACUCGGCUAGACUCUAAAGGGGACUGUAUUCCUGCUCGUGAUACACAAUGGAAGCUGUAGUGCCCUUGGACGAGAUGACAGCCGUCUCAUCAGACCCUCAAACUCUGGCCUCGAGUGAACAAAACAAGGUCCUAAGGAUGGACACUUCUGGGAACCAAGAAGCUAAUUUAGGAGGAGAGACUGCUGAUCGAGAGUCUUUAAGACAGAGGUUCAGGUGGUUUCGUUACUCAGAUGUAGCUGGGCCCAGGAAAUCCCUGAAUGAACUCUGGGAGCUCUGCACUCAGUGGCUGAGACCAGACAUUCACACGAAAGAACAGAUGUUACAGCUUUUGGUCUUUGAGCAAUUCCUGAUCAUUUUGCCUGGGGAGAUCAGGAUGUGGGCAAAGUCACAACAUCCUGAGAGUAGUGAGGAGAUGGUGACCUUAAUAGAGGAUUUGACCCAAAUGCUUGAAGAAAAAGAUCUGGUCUCUCAAGAUUCUGCCAUUUCCCAAGAAGAGAACUCAGAAGAAGAUACAGCAGUUGCUGGCCCUCCAAAUACUGAGCCCAGUGAAUCCAUAACAUUCAAGGAUGUGACCGUGAACUUUACCAGAGGAGAGUGGAAGAGGCUGGAUCCUGCUCAGAAGGACCUAUAUAAGGAAGUCGUAUUGGAAAACUUCAGGAACCUAGAAUUUCUGGGCAUUCCAGUUUCCAAUCUAGAUUUGCUUUCCCAACUAAAAUGGAUUGACCUGCCAUGGCUGCUGGAAAAAAUAAUCUCAAAAAGCUCCAGACUAGAAGAAUCAACUUUAGAUAAAAUAAUAGAAAAAUGCCUCAGGGAUGAUGAGUAUGGCUUGAUGGGAGAAUUCCGGAGGUUGUUGGAGGAGCAUGGCAAGCAGGGACAUUCAAAAGGAACAGUGACACAAAAGAAAUCUCAUGGGAAAGGCAAUAAGGGUGAGGAAAUUGACCCAAAAAGGAGCUCCUCUAGACGUAAUUUCAAAGACACUUCGGACAUAAUUAAACAUCUGAGAGUCUACUUAAAGAAGAAAUCCCGGAGGUAUCAUGAAAGCAAGAAACCCUUCAGUUUUCAUUCAGACCUUAUUCAGAACCGCAAAGAGAAAAGUCACGGAAAAUGUAAUGAAGGUGGGAAAGUCAUCAGUCUCUCUUCAUCUCUUACUGAACAUCAGAAACGUCAGAAGAGUCUUUUGGCAGAUAGGUCUAAGAAGUGCAGUAUAUGUGGUAUGCUCUUCAUUCCAAGGUCAUCUAUUUCUAAGAGAAAAAUCUGUAUAUGUGAAAAAUGUUGGAAAGAGUCACAUCAGGCUGCAGCCUUUAAUAAAGAUGAGGGAACUGACACAGGAGAAAAAACCCAUGAGUGCAGUAAAUGUGGAAAAGCUUUUGGCUAUAGUGCCUCACUCACCAAACAUCAGAGAAUUCACACUGGAGAGACACCCUAUUUGUGUAAUGAAUGUGGAAAAGGUUUUAGUGAUAGUUCAUCGCUCACACCACAUCACAGAACUAAUAAUGGAGAGAAACCCUUCAAAUGCGAUGAUUGUGGAAAAGGUUUCACCCUUAGUGCCCACCUCAUUAAACAUCAGAGAAUUCAUACUGGAGAAAAACCUUACAAAUGUAAAGACUGUGGGAGACCCUUCAGUGACAGUUCAUCUCUUAUUCAACAUCAGCGAAUUCAUACUGGGGAAAAACCCUAUGCAUGUAACGAUUGUGGAAAAUGCUUCAGUCAUAGCUCAUCCCUUUCUAAACAUCAGAGAAUUCAUACUGGAGAGAAACCCUAUAAAUGUGGUGAAUGUGGAAAAGCCUUUAGGCAGAAUUCAUGCCUUACCAGGCAUCAGAGAAUUCACACUGGAGAGAAACCAUAUUUGUGUAAUGAUUGCGGGAUGACUUUUAGCCAUUUUACGUCUGUCAUUUAUCAUCAGAGACUCCAUUCAGGAGAAAAACCCUACAAAUGCAACCAGUGUGAGAAAGCCUUCCCUACCCAUUCCCUCCUUAGUCGUCAUAAGAGAAUUCAUACUGGUGUAAAACCUUACAAAUGUAAAGAAUGUGGGAAAUCCUUCAGUCAGAGUUCAUCUCUUAACGAGCAUCACCGAAUUCAUACUGGAGAGAAGCCUUAUGAAUGUAACUAUUGUGGAGCCACCUUUAGUCGAAGCUCAAUCCUUGUAGAACACGUAAAAAUUCACACUGGAAGGAGAGAAUAUGAAUGUAAUGAAUGUGAGAAGACAUUUAAAAGUAAUUCAGGCCUCAUCAGACAUCAGGGAUAUCACUCUGCAGAGUAAUUCUGGGAAAAUAGUGGAGGGGGGAGGUAAUUUAGUUCAAAUUGUCAGUUAAUGAAAACCUGGGAUGUAAGCUGUUAUGCUAACAACAAUGAUUAGUAGCUGCAACUUUGGUAAAGUGGCAGCUAGGAAAAAUAUUUUUUUUACACUCACCCCUCUUCUUUACAAGGAUGUCAACUGCUUGUAAAUAGAGUAAUUAGGUUUGGUAAAGUCAGGUGGAAAGUGAAGAAAAUAGUAUGAGAUACAAAAUGAUUCUUUACGGCCAAACUUGAAUUUGGAAAGUUCAUUUCUU